CGUGACCCUUUUCAAACCCAAGAAAUCCUUCACUAAUCCCCUCCAUCUCCACCCCCCCGCCCGCCGGGAUCCAUCUGACAGGUCACCUGUACUGAGGAUAGAUCCUCAGCCUGUGUACCGAAGUCCCUUAUGGAUUUUGGAAGUUCUUUUUACUUUUCUUUCUCUUCAUUACUUCCCCGGGCAGAACUCCCCUGAAUCCGGAUGUCUUUUUCCCCGAUUUGUCCUCCGUGUGAGCUUUGUGGGUGCACUGGAUGACAUCAUGCGUCGACUUCUCUGCGUGCAUGUAUUCUUAUGUUGCCUCAGCAUGGCGGUGCCCUUCUGUCCAUCCCAGUGUACUUGUGUUUUUCACGGGCGCACAGACGGAACAGGAACCAGAUCUGUGCUUUGCAACGACCCAGACAUGUCUGAAAUCCCGGUCAACGUUCCCGUGGAUGCCAUCAAACUCCGCGUGGAGAAAACCGCAGUGCGGCGGAUCCCAACCGAAGCCUUCUACUACCUGGUUGAUCUACGGUACCUGUGGAUUACCUACAAUUCCAUAACCUCAGUCGAUACUGGAAGCUUUUACAACCUGAAGGUGCUCCACGAGCUCAGACUUGACGGAAACAUGAUCUCUCUUUUCCCUUGGGAGUCUCUUAAGGAGAUGCCCAGGCUGAGGACACUGGAUCUCCACAAUAACCGGAUCACCACUGUUCCCACUGAGGCAAUCCCCUAUCUUCGCAAUAUAACCUAUUUGGAUCUAUCCAGCAACAAAAUAGCCACCCUACCUUCUGACCUCAUGGAUAUAUGGCCACCCUUUAAUGGACUACCCGUCUCUUCUAAUGUCUCUCAGAAAGUCAUCUUAGGCCUCCAGGACAAUCCUUGGUUCUGUGACUGUAAAAUAUCCAAGCUCAUUGAAAUUUCCAAAAUGGCUGUCACACCCGUGGUUUUGAUGGAUCUCUUCUUGACCUGUGCUGCACCAGAGAACCUGGUCGGUGUCCUAUUUCAGCGUGCCGAGCUUGAAAAUUGUGUGAAGCCGUCAGUGAUGGUAUCAGCGACCAAGAUAACAUCCGCUUUGGGGAGUAACGUUCUCCUGCGAUGUGACACCACUGGAUCCCCAACACCCGCUCUCUACUGGACCAAGUCCGAUGGCUCACCGGUCAACAACACCGUCCAGGAGUCACCGGGGGAAGGCAUCAAUUGGUCCAUCAUGAGCUUGCAUGGGAUAGAGUUCAAAGACGCCGGGAACUACAGCUGCAAAGCGAAGAAUGUUGCCGGAAAUGCGGCAGAGACGAUAACCCUUUCGGUUGCGGGGAGCUUCAUAAGUACGAUCGCCCCACUGCGGCCCGGGGUCGCCACUGGACCGUCCAGCCAAAAUGUGACCACCACUCCCCCGGCAGACGUUUCCAACUCACCGGUCACCGUGUCCGCACCCCUCCCGAGGUCAACGACAGCACUCUCCGGAGUCCAGAAGAAGACUAAACCGACUCCCGGGAGCGGCUCACAGAAAGGCUCGCUGAAGCAGGCAAAAACUCAGCAGGGAGGCAACGGCCGGAAACUCGCUGCAGACGAGAAGAGCAAAAAGAGCGAUCCGUCGCAGUCCAUCAAAGACCUGAAAAUUGUAGAGGAAACCACUGACAGCGCAGUGUUGCUUUGGAGUGCAAGUGGAUUACCGAAUGGUUCCCCACUCACGGUUGUAUAUUCACCCUAUGGUGAAGAUGACGUUAAGAGGACAAUAGACACUAAUUCUGGCAGUGGGAAAGUGCUCCUCGAUGGACUGUCACCCGGGAUGAGGUACUCGGUUUGCCUGGUAGCUAAAGGUAGCACUGCCGGCAAGGACCCGUGCAUAGAUUUCUACACCCUGGACAACGUAGAGGACGGUGGGCAGAACCAGUUUUUCUUCGUCAUGAGCGUGAUUGCCUGCGCCUUGGUUUUGCCUCUCAUCGCCCUGCUGGUUUAUAAGAUUCUUGCCCUUUAUUGCAAAGGAGACAGCCCAGCCUCAGACGAUCCGGAGUUAGAAAAAGAAAGCUACGUCAAGUUUGAGACCAUUUCAAUGAAACACAGAACUUUGAAUGCUCAUCCAGCCGAGUUCUGGGCACGAAGGUCAACCCACGAAUCAGAGCGACUGUUGCUUUGCUCCCGGUCGAGCAUAGACUCCCAAAUGACCUACAAGAGUGACAGUUCACGGUCUGAAUAUCUCUGCUGAGGUCAAAGUCAAAGGCCAAUACUUUAGUACCAUUGUAGCUAGAAAAUUAACAAAUACUCUUUGCCUUUCUGGACUCAAAAUCAUCUAUGAAAUCACAUGUAAGUCUUUAAAUAUUUUCACAUCAGUGGGCUGUAAAAGAUGUCGUCAUAAUUUGUAAGAGGGUUAUUGAAACCACUCUAAGAUGGUUGACAAAGGAACUUGGAUUGAUAUAUUCAUUUAUGUCUCGCUUGUAAGCCUUAUAUUCACACGUAAAAGGAGCAUUGCAGUUGUCUGUGAAUGGUAUCUAAUGUCAUGUAUAAUGCCAAAAUUGCAAAGUGUCAGAAAUGAAUAUUGUG